AUGAACUUCAACAAGACAUUCCUCUUAAUUAUUCUGCAAGGUACAAAAAUAUGCUAAAUACUUGAACAGACAUCAAAUAAAAGAAAUAUUGUUUAUAGAUUGAUUAUAACACAACUACAAAAGUGAAAACGUGAUAAAAUGAAAUAGUUAUUAAAAGUGCUACCAAAAGACAGGAAAUGCCUCUCACAAUUCUAAAUACCAAAUAUGUAAGAAAAAGAAAAUAUCUUUGGCACAAAAUAAUAUCUGUGCAAAAUUAAGCACAAAUGUGUUUACCUUAAAAUACCACAAUUGUGGGAAUAAAUAUAAAUAUAGGUCAGGAAAGGGUAUAGGGAAUCAGUGUCUUUUGGGUGUCCUCAAACUCGUUUGGUAAUGAGUAAUUUUCUGGAGCUUAUGCCUGGGCGGUAUGAUCCCCGCCUGUGGAUAUGUCGCUCAGAUUGUUUACUUGUAGAUGGUAGGUCAGGGUCGUGUCAGGGUGUCAAGCAUUCAAGGGUAUUUCCCUCAAAAUUACUGAGUCACAGAUAUUCAUCAAAUACAUAAAAUAAGAAUAAAAAUAUAAUAAUAGUGCUCUCUGUUUUAUUUUUAUAAACGCAAAAUAAAAUGAGAUAUACUCACAAAAGGAGAGCAAAGUGUGGCUCCUAAAGAAGGUUUAGGUAAGGUAAACUAGUUUUAUUUAAAACAACUGUAAUAAAACCAAUAACAUACCCCUUUGGGUGAAACGUGUUAGUGUCAGGAUACCAGGAAUCAUGAGUCAAAUACCAAGCUGAGGUCAGGAUACCAGAAAUCACAAGAGAAAUAUGAAGCUGAGGUCAGGAUACCAGAAAACACAAGUCAAAUAUGAUGCCGAGGUCAAACACAGGAAAUCACAAAGGAAUAGACAUGUGCACUUUGUUUCAUUCUAAAUGUGAAUUCGGAUAAAUUUCGGACAAUUCAGACCAGAAUUGCCGAAGUGCCGUAGUGAAUUUCUGAACCGAACCAAAUCAAAUUUUUUGCCAAUGCACAUCCCUACACGGGAAUCUCUAGGAGCACUAAAUGAGGAUCUAUCAGAAACCACAAUAGGGCAUGAAUGUAAGCUAAAACAAGCCUUAAAGAGACUCAAAAGAGUUCCCAUUGGUCCACUUCACCUCUGAGAGCCCAAACAGCAUUGUGUCACCUAAGUGACGUGGUCCCUUUAAGUUAAUGAUGGCAUGGCUAAUUUUAUAUUAUUUCUAGGGGCUGCAGUUAGUCCUGUUAGUCCUGCGGGACCGAAGGUAGGUAUUCUAUUCAUGCCGCUCGGCCACGUGGAGCAUUCGGGCCACGUGGCCCGAGGAGAGGAGAGGCGCGGGCACCGGGUAAAGGUACAUUUGUGACAAGGUUUGAAUUGACGUGGCAGGUGAGCUUAUACUUAAAUGGCCAUUGGAGUGAUACCAAAAAUCUCUAGUUAUUUAAAUGUGCAUAGGGAUUUGGAAUAAGUGAAUAUUAAUUAUUUGCCCAAUUACUUAAACUAAAAAAAAUCCCCAUUUGGUCAGAAAUAUAUUGUGUUUGUAAAUACAAAUAUUAUUGGAAACUCUGCUAAAAAAGUGAGAAACAACAUAGAGUAUAACUGUGUUUAUAAAGUGCUCAGGAUGUGCACUGGUUCUGUAAGGGAGAAAAGGAAAGUAAAAUAACCUUUCCCCUUCACAGAGUAGAAGGGGGCAGUAACAUAAGUAUUUAGAAGGGAACCAUAAUGUUAGCAAUAUACAUCCGUAUUCCUAAUACUAUAAUGUUCCUUUUAAUUUGAAAUUCUCUUUGAAUUCACUUUGAAUUUCUGACAAUUCUCACUUUAGUCAGUAACUCUGUAAUUGUUGAAUUCUGGCUCAGGUAAAAACCUUGAGUUGUAAGAAAAAUCCAUUUCAAUCAAGACAUGUAUUUUUCAAUGUAUAAGCUCCCCUUUGUCUUAAAAUGUUUCUGAUGCAAUGGUUAAUUAAAAUACAAUGGGUUUAGGGGGAUCUAUAAUUGAACAAGACAUGUUCCAAUUCCUGUAUUAUUGUGCAUUUGUAUUAUUAUUAUUGUUGUUUAUAAAGCAGCAACAAAUUCAGCAGCGCUGUACAAUGGGUGGGCUAACAGACAGACACGUAACUGUAACCAGACGAGUUGGACACACAGGAACAGAGAGGUUGAGAGCCCUGCUCAAUGAGCUUACAUGCUCGAGGGAGUGGGGUAGAAUGACACAAAAUGUAAGGGUAGGGUAGAAAAGUAGGUUGCGAGGAUAGCUAAUACAUCAGACAGAUGAGUGUAUAAAUGGAUGAAAGACAGACAAUUGUGUGAAUAGUUGUAUUUUUGCUUGCAUAACUUUUUUGAGUGUUUCUGCUUUAAUUUUCAAGGAUUAUACCUGGUGUCAUUUGGUCAGGAUAAAUGGGAUUUAUUAUUUCAUAUGAAAGCUUUGACUGGAUCCUGCGUAGAACUCCCCAGUUCAUUCCAGAAUCCCUGGCCUUGUCAGGAUGUCGUUUGGUACCAGCAUGAGAAUGGAAAUUAUAUAGAGAUUUCAAAAUCCAACAUAAGCCCAGAAAUCAGAAGUCGAAUCCUUGUUGUAAAAACGGAAGAUAAAAACUGCUCCCUGCGAAUAAAUGACGUGAGAAAUAGCGAUGAGGCUUGGUAUUACCCACAACUGAGAAGCCCAAUCAAGCCUUAUCUUCAAGUUAUUAAACUUGAUAUCAUAAGUAAGGACUUCUUCAAAUAAUUAAUGUUGGUUACAUACUUCCUGUCAAUGUUUAAGAAGACAGCCAUGAAUAUUAAAAUGCUGCAGUAUUACUUAAAGGACAAAAAUAGUAAUAAGAACAACUACAGUUCAAUAUAGUUGUUCUGGUAUCUACUCGCUGUUCCUGUAGGCUUUUUUCUGUAAACACUGCCUUUUCGGAGAGGUGUGCCUUUUCACUGGGCAAAGCCAGCCCUAACCGGACCUGCACGGCGCUGGAAAAAAGGUAAAUUUUAUACCUUUAAACAGGGUAAGGAGGGUACGACCACCUAAAAUGGGUUUUUACAGCAAUAGUGUCAGAAAUACAUGUUCGUAUUGCUGACACGGUAGUGUUCCUUUAAAAGGUGGACCAAGCUUAGCAACUUCCAAUAUGUUGAGAAUAAAAAGUGGCAAAUACGUCCUGUUUUAUUCUCAUGUAUAAAGUUAGUUUAGAACUCUUUAUAUAAACCAAACAGAAGCAAAGGUGAUGAUAAGAUUAAAUAGACCAUGAUAAGUACUAGAGAUUGAACUAUUUUUGUACAUAAACCCCAUUUAGACAUAUACGUCAAAAUUGGUAAUCACUAUAUUUACUGCUAACUCCCUAUAACAUUACAAUCAAGUUAAAAAUGUCUCAAGAGGGAGCGGGAUAAAAUGUUAUGGGGGGAUUUAAGAUAAUUGGGAAGGAAAUAUAUGUAAGGAUGGAGAAUGUUGGGAAGCUUAGUGAAAGAGUGUUAAAUUUUUUUGUUUGGUUAGGGCAAUGAGAAGAGCCCGCUUUUUGUAUAGUGGGGCCUUAUUUUGUACAUUCUUAAUGUGAUGUAAUAAAGGAUUAAUGGACUAUAAGACAAUGAGAGAGGACAAACUAGCAAAAAGUUAGCUGACCUAAUUUCGAAAAUCUCCUUUUUAAAACAAAGACAUAUGUAUCCCAUAGAGGUUGGGAUUGCCUGAUACUUAAUUAUAAUAAAGGUUUCAGUAAGACAUUGAGUUGAUGUAAGUGAUUCUAGAUUGUGAUAUUAAGUAGCAUAUUCAGCGUGCAUUGUGGAUUUAUAUUGCACAGUGUUGAAAGAUGACUCUAUUUGCAAAUUUGUCACUGGCAUGGGAUGGCACAUGCACCCUUUAAAAAUUUACAAGUGCCAACAUUUUUCAUCAUGACAUCUAUGAGCAAAGUCUUUUUAUCCUACAAGAGCAGUGUUGUCUCCAGGAUUCAUAUUUAGGGCUCGCACAUGGGGGGCCAGAGACAAAAGUAGGGGGGCAGUUAUAAAAUGUGUAUAUAUGUGUGUUUUUACAUUUAUGUGUAUAUAUAUAUAUAUAUAUAUAUAUAUAUUUAUAUAUAUAUAUAUAUAUAUAUAUAUCAGGGCUCCACAAAUCCUGAAAUCUGUGAGCCUGUUCAGCCCCAGAGGUGACCAGCUGCCCGAGAGCAGAGGCGGGCAGUUUGAUCAGGGAGGCUGAGGCAGGCUGCUGACUGAGGGAGGCGGCCAGCCGGCUCAUUGAGAAGUAAGGGAGGGAGACCGGAUCACAGAGAGCUCUGAGAGGGAGGCAGGCGGCUGACAGAGGGAGUGGGGUGGCUGGCUCAUUUAUUGCUGAGGGGGGUAGGGUUAAAUGGGGCUGCUAUUCCUGUGUGUGAGGGAGCAGUGAUCUUCCUGCAUCUCCUCUCUGCUCCCUUGCACUGUCUGCAGUGAUGCUGGGGCCUGGAAUGAUGUCAUAUUCCAGCUCUCAGCAUCACUAUACAGAGCGAGGGAGCAGAGAGGAGCUGCAGGAAGAUCACUGCUCCCUCACGCGCUCCCCCAGCCUGCCACCUUCUUUCUCCCCAGGGUGGCCGCUUGCACACAACCCAGGGCGGCUGUCUCCACGACCCCUGAGCCGGCCACCUCCAUACCUCCCAGGACAGCCGGCUACAAUGCUCCCUGAGCCCGCUUUAGGUAAAAGGCAAAUCCCAAGCGCCAGGGUAAAAUUUCUAGUCAUCUUGGAUUUGUCCUAGCCCUGCCACACACACACAGACGGAACCCCCCACCUCCACACACAGACUGACCGUGCACACACAGACUAAACACCCACACACACAGACUGAACCCCCACCCCCACACACAGACUGACCCAUACAUACACCAACUGAUCCAUAUACACACAGACUGACACCCCCAUACACACACAGACGGACCAUCCACACACAGACUAUCAAGGAUAUGUGGUUGAUGAUCAUGCAGAGCCUUCUGCGUAUGUGGCCGUACAAGCAAGUGCAACUUGAUGGAGUGUCUUUUAGAUGGUAUACAAUAAUAAAAAACAGAGAAUUCUAUAAAUUGCAUUUUGUUUAUUUACUUAAUUGUAUUCCUUUCAACUACCACAAGGCUCAACCUGUUUUUUUGUUUUUUUUUAAAUAUUCUAAUCUAAACAGUUAAAGGACUAUUCACUAACAAUUGGGAUCUAACUACUCUGACCUUCUGGUUGAAAUUUACUUUAAAUUAUCACAUUAGUAAAUGACUGUGACAAAGUCAUAGUAGAUUAUAAAACAUUUGUAAUUAACUUGGUAAUUUCUUUCUGUACAUUUACUUUCUAUAAUCAGAUGUUCCAAAACUAUUUUUUCAGAUACAUUAAACCAGCCAGUAAUUAUAUGGAAUGGAGACAUGAUUGAAGGGCAACCAGUCACUUUUACCUGCCAUGUGGAACAUACUUGUUGGUCCAGUCCUCCAGCACUGUGGUGGAACAUGCCUAGCCAGCAUGGCAAUAAAGUUAAACAAAGUGGCAAAGGAUAUCAAAAAAACUUCAUUGAUGGAAAAUGGAUGUCCCUAACAGACCUGGAAUAUAUUCCUUUGUCUGAUGAUCACAACAUGGACAUAUACUGCUCAGCUACUUUUUUCGAAGGAAAAACAAGUUAUGCCAUGGUCAAGCUGAAUAUCAAAUGUAUGCACAAUAUUUUAAUAAGUAGAUACAAUAUUAAAGUAACAUAAUAUUAAUAAGUAGAGUAUAAAUCUGUACUCCAUGUUGUGAAGUGAGAUUUGCGUAAUUAUUCUAGGUGAAUAACAUGGAUUCACAGGAUUCCCUGCGCUGGUGAACCGUUCUAUGUUCGGGGGGAAUUGUAUUUAUAUUUUAAUAAGAAAAUCUCAUCUCUUACUUUAGUAUAUGACAGGAUCAUUGGGUCAAACAGUGUUUGAAAAAGAUGGUUUGUGUCUAUGGUCUUCCUUUCUGAAGGAUCCUGUCAUAUACUAAAGGUAGUGAAGAUUUUUUAUUUUUUUUUCAUAUACUUCAUUAAAACAAAGUAUGCUUAGAGUGGCACUUUAAUGACAUAAUGACUUUCAAUGCAUUUUUCUUUCUAUCUUCUUCUGUUACCAGUUUCUCCAAAAAACACAAAUGUCAAGAUACUUGGGAACACACUUCUCAAACAAGGAAAUAAUGUGACUUUACAAUGCGUUACUCAGUCUAAUCCUGCUGCGUCAUCAUACACUUGGUACAAGGUAGAGGACAACUCCACUGAAAUGUUAGAAGAAACGACUGAAAAAUUAAUAGUCAAGAUUAUGAACUGGAAGAGUAAUAGAUAUUUCUGCUCUGCAAUAAACACCCUGGGGACAGAAUAUUCCAACCCUUUAGAACUUUCUGUGCAAUGUAAGCCCUAAGUUAAAACUAUGAGAUAGAGAGAGAGAUAGAUAGAUAGAAAGAAAGAUAGAUAGUGCUUAUUUUCAGGUGAUGUCUUAUUUUUAUAUAUUACAGGUGGUCCCCACUUACCGACCAGCAUCUGUUCUUAUGAUAUGCUUAUAGUGCGGAUGCACUAGCAAGCAUGUGCAAGAAAGCAGGUCUACGUUCAGGGGAAUUCCCCCGAACAUAGACCAGUUCACUAGUGCGUGGAAUACCGCAAACCUAUGUUUGGGGAAAAUUCUCCGAACAUAGAUUAUCAAACUAGCGACAAUCUCAACUAGGGCUUUUUUUUGGAGUAGGGCUUAUAUUACAAGCAUCCCCUGAAAAUAAGAUAGAGCUUAUUUUUGGUGGAUGUCUUAUUUUCAGGAAAAAACGUUAGAUAGACUUCUGUUUUCUACCAUUUCAACUUAUUUUACAACUAAUUCUACAACUAAUUCUACAACUAAUUCUACAACUAAUUCUACAACUAAUUCUACAUAUCUUCUUUAGCUCAUGGAUCCCCCACAUAUCUGGUGACAUCUGUUGUUCUUGGAAUAAUUUCAUUCAUUCUAUUUGUAUCAACUAUCUACAUUUGUUGGAGGUAAACUGACUCAUUUUGUGGAUAUUAUUAGACAAAUUUCACUUAUGAAUGAAUAACAAAUGAAGGACUGAGAAUCUCUAAUCAAUAACUAAUUCAACAAUUAAAAAAGACUGAUUUAAGUGGAAUUAUAUCUUUUUGGAUAUUCACUACUAUUUCUAUAAUAUUGUAUUCGACUUGACUUACCAAAAAACAAACAAACAGUUUUUCCAAGUUUUUUUAUGUUAAUCAAUUUAUAGAAAUAUUUGUAAUAUGUUAUAAUCUGCUCUCUGUGAGUUUUCCCAAAUUUUAAAUCUUUAUUGAUCUUAAAUUGGGGUUUCAGAGAAGCCUAAAACAAGUCUCUAAAAACUAUUUAGAUGCCAACUUAAUAUCCAUUCAUCAUACAACACACCUUAAAAGUUUUUUAGGUGCAAUGCCUAGUUAAUUACUCUUGCAAGAACUGCAGCUCCAAGGUAUCAGGAGGUUUUGGAAUAUAGAUAUAUAUAUAUAUAUAUUGUCAGCAUUCAUUCAUACACAGCAUAAACUGUACCAUGGUAACAUAGUUUAAUAAUCAUUUUACUUAUUAGCAUUUUGGAUCGUGAUUGACAUUAUUGGAGAUGUCAGUCUGAUAUGCAAAUGUUAUUGGUUCACUAUGUAAUGGCACAUGUGAGCAAAAACUAUUUUGAGACCGAGUGGGGAGGCCCAAGCGAUUGAGUUUUUUUAAGCAUUUGUCCAUUCUCAUAUUCUCAUUCUUUUGCUUCAAUACCCUAAUAAUAAUUCAGGUUAGAAAGUGAGGGUAUUAUUGAUACUAAUCAUAGCAUAAGCAAUAUAAAAAUGCCUAUAUAUAUUUUUUGUUUCUGUAAUAGAUGCGGAAAGUGUCCUAAGCGUAAAUAUUGGGUAAGUUAUAAGUCAGAAUCCUCCUACAGUAGUGUUGUACAAAUGAUUUCACAUACACACAACUAUACAAUUCAGAUUCUCGUUCCUUCCUAGCUCUCUUGGUUUUUGUCUCUCUACUUACACUUCUCUUUUUAUUUGUCAUAUUAUUUUUCUAUGUCCCUUAAUUCCUUUUUAAUCACUACACUACACAGAUAUACAACAAAGAUUGGCAAUAAAUCUAUGAAAAGGCAUAAACACAUACCAACAUUAAUCUAGACAGAGGUGAAAUACAUGUAGGCCUUAAUUUAAUAGUUUAAGAUAAGCUUUUCAGGUGAUUUAAUAUUUUUAGAUAACGUUUGAAAAAAUAAUUCAAAAUAAUUUCAAAAUAAUAAUAUAUAAAAAAAAGUCAAAUAUAAAAAUAUAUUAAUAGCAAAAUAUUAAGAUAUGUUCCAAAAUAUUAAAUUGUUUUAAAUAUUUAUUUGAAAAAAAAUAUAUUAAAUCAAGGCUGUAAUCAGAUAGCUAGCAAAGUCAGUAAUCCUGACAGUAAGCAUAAUUGCAAAUUACGAUUAGAUUAUUCUUUCACUAAAAUGUGUUUUAACUAUAAAAUAAUCAAGAGUCAAUGUGAUAUUUUCUAUUUCUAGGCUGCACAACCUGUUAAUACCAUAUAUACCGAUCUUGAAAAGAAGAACAUCAGCCCAGAUUAUUCCAAUUUAAAGGUGACAAAUUCUAAUUAUUCCAUAUUUAUUCAAAUAUGUAGUGAAAAUGUGAAUAUGUAAAUGUAGAAUACUUUGCUGUGUAGUCUAAAAGAUACAAAAUACAAUAAAUCACACAAAUUGGUCUGUUAAUGUUCUUGAGUUAAAAAUAUUUCUUGACCUUGAUUUACAUUUCUAAAUAGACAAAUAAAUGUUUUAUAUUGUUGUUUUUGCAGCCUGAAAAUCGCCACAUUCCUGCUGAAGCCAUGAAGAUUGACGAUGUUCGAGAAUAUGAAAAUAUAUCUCAGAAGAUUUAA